GGCUGUGUGGUCUUGGCGAGAGGCUGCCUCUGAGCCCCGCGGGCACAGGACCCCGAGGCAUGGUGGUUUCUGAGGACAAGCAGAGCCCCACAAGCCUGGUGAGCGCGGCGGAGCUGGCGGCGGCCGCGGGCGGACGGGCGUGAACCUGGGCCCUGGCGUCUCACCCCAGAGCAGGCAGCAUGUCGAAGAAGAGCCGGAGCAAGGGCGAGAAGCCCGAGAUGGAGACGGACCCGGUGCAGAUGGCCAACGAGGAGCUGCGGGCCAAGCUGACCAGCAUCCAGGUCGAGUUCCAGCAGGAGAAGAGCAAGGUGGGCAAGCUGCGCGAGCGGCUGCAGGAGACCAAGCUGGAGCGCGAGCAGGAGCAGCGGAGGCACACGGCCUACAUCUCGGAGCUCAAGGCCAAGCUGCACGAGGAGAAGACCAAAGAGCUGCAGGCGCUUCGCGAGGCGCUCAUCCGGCAGCACGAGCAGGAGGCGGCGCGCACGGCCAAGAUCAAGGAGGGCGAGCUGCAGCGGCUGCAGGCCACGCUGAACGUGCUGCGCGACGGCGCGGCCGACAAGGUCAAGACUGCGCUGCUGACCGAGGCGCGCGAGGAGGCGCGCAGGACCUUCGACGGCGAGCGCCUGCGCCUGCAGCAGGAGAUCCUGGAGCUCAAGGCGGCGCGCAAGCAGGCCGAGGAGGCGCUCAGCAACUGCAUGCAGGCCGACAAGACCAAGGCGGCCGACCUGCGCGCCGCCUACCAGGCGCACCAGGACGAGGUGCACCGCAUCAAGCGCGAGUGCGAGCGCGACAUCCGCCGGCUGAUGGACGAGAUCAAAGGGAAGGACCGUGUGAUCCUGGCCUUGGAGAAGGAGCUCGGCGUUCAGACGGGUCAGGCCCAGAAGCUGCUUCUCCAGAAGGAGGCUCUGGACGAGCAGCUGGUCCAGGUCAAGGAGGCCGAGCGGUACCACAGCAGUCCAAAGAAAGAGCUCCCGCCUGGCAUAGGGGACAUGGCGGAGCUGAUGGGGGGCCAGGAUCAACAUUUGGAUGAGCGAGAUGUGAGGCGAUUUCAGCUGAAAAUUGCUGAACUGAAUUCGGUCAUACGGAAGCUGGAAGACAGAAAUACCCUCCUGGCAGACGAGAGGAGUGAACUGGUAAUGAGCCCCCGCGCCAGACGGUGCUGGUGGCGGGCGGAGCGGCCUGGCGUGCGGCCCCGAGCAGAGGUCACGGCGGCCUCGGUCCCGGCUGCCUCUGCCCCGGGCCUUCCCGUGCAGUCUCGCUCGCCUCCCUGGAGAGCCUGGGCUGUGCCGUGCCCCUGCCUGCCCCCCCACCGGCCUGCAGGGAGGCCCGGGCGCCCCCACCCGUUCCCCGGCGCCGGGCGGCGAGUCAGCCCCGAGCCCGCCUGUCGCCUUUUGCAGAAGCAUGUUGUGGAGACAUUUUUUGGAUUUGACGAGGAGUCUGUGGACUCGGAAACGCUGUCGGAGACGUCCUGCAACACGGACAGGACGGACCGGGCCCCCGCCACGCCCGAGGAGGACCUGGACGAUGCCACCACCAGAGAGGAGGCCGACCUGCGGUUCUGCCAGCUGACGCGGGAGUACCAGGCGCUGCAGCGGGCCUACGCCCUGCUUCAGGAGCAGGUCGGGGGGACCCUGGAUGCCGAGCGGGAGGCCCGGACUCGGGAGCAGCUGCAAGCUGACCUGCUGAGAUCCCAGGCCAAGAUCGAAGACUUGGAGAAGCUGCUGGUUGAGAAGGGGCAGGAUUCCAAGUGGGUGGAGGAGAAGCAGCUGCUGGUCAGGACAAACCAGGACUUGCUGGAGAAGAUUUACAGGCUGGAGAUGGAAGAGAGCCAGCUGAAGAACGAAAUGCAAGACGCCAAGGACCAGAACGACCUGUUAGAGUUCCGGGUGCUAGAGCUGGAAGAGAGAGAGCGGAGGUCGCCUGCGUUUAACCUCCAGAUCAGCACCUUCCCCGAGAACACCAGCAGCGCUCUCCAGGUCUUCUGUCACCAGGAAGGAGUUAAGGAUGUGAAUAUUUCUGAACUCAUGAAGAGGUUAGAUAUCCUUGGCGAUAACGGGAAUUUGAGAAAUGAAGAGCAGGUUGCAAUAAUCCAAGCUGGAACUGUGCUUGCCCUGUGCGAAAAGGUAGAGCCCAGCGGUGUCGUCCUGCCCCCGUCCACGCCCCGGCACCAUACAAGACACUACAUUGGCGUCCGGCUGGGGAGCAUGGCCAAAGGCUGCAUGUGCACGUGCCUGCGCGCCCGGCGCUGCCGGGUGGGGGCGGGGUCCGGGCGGCUGCUCUCGCUGCUUUCCGCGCCCUUUCGCUUUUCGACGCGGAGGCCACCGGGCCGGACUCGGGCUCUUACGAAGGAGAAGGACCUGUUCAGCCGGCAGAAGGGCUACCUGGAGGAGGAGCUGGACUACCGGAAGCAAGCCCUCGACCAGGCUUACCUGGUAGGACCGGAAGUGGGCUCGACACUACUCUUAGGCUGGCUUCCCUGCGGGGCUGACACGGCACUUGGGGUCCUCGCUGUGCUGGGUGGGGCCACCUAGGCGCCGUCUCCCCUCGCGACUGGAACGGCGGGGUACAUUGUCGCUUGCAAUUAUCCGAGCAGAAAACCUACCUGACGUAGAGAGAUUGAUCAACGUAUUUGGGAAAUCAGCUGUAUUUGUGGAUUUACUGGCACGGAGGUCAAUUCCGAUCCACCUCCCCCAUUAAGAAGGGAAAUCGGGUUAUGUAGGUUUGGGGGACAAGGAGUGAGGAUGAGAACAAGGAGUGAAAUUCGAGGCUGAAAGGUGAGUUGGGGGCAGAGAAGCUUCCGAGGUGGCUCAAGU